AUGUCUCGUUAUAACAAAAAAUUUUUGGGCCUUAGAAUGGAAAAAAAACAGAAGUCGCUUCUUGAAUUUCUUUCGUCUCCAGUCAAGCGCACAAAGGAUCACAUCGAUGAAUCGGCAUCCUCUUCACAGAAACUAGUGCACGACUCUCAUGCCUCGCAGAACAAUGAGUUUCUCCUUUCUUCGGAAAUCGACUCUCUCCCCAGCAAUGUUGAUGGCGCGGCAAGGACACCCAAGAGAAGAAAAGGUGAGGCAGGUGAAAAGAGAUACGGAUUUUUGGCAGAUAUCAGGGACAGCAAAGGAAGGCGGGUGAAUGACGAGGGAUACGACAAGAGUACGCUGUACGUCUCCGAUCAGGAUAUGAGUUUGUUGACACCGUUUGAAAAACAGUUUUGGUCCAUUAAAAAGGAUUAUUUUGAUACGAUUGUGUGCUUUAAAAAGGGCAAAUUCUACGAACUGUACGAAGGCGAUGCCGAAAUAGGUGCAAAGCUUUUUGAUAUGAAGAUAGCUGAUCGUGUGAAUAUGAAAAUGGCAGGAUUUCCAGUUAGUUGCUUCGAUAUGUGGGCAGGACGGUUCUUAGAAAAAGGGUACAAGGUGGCCAGAAUUGACCAGAAAGAGAAUAUGAUCGGCAAAAGAAUUAGGGAGAAGGAAGAAAAAGAAAACAACACAACAAACCGAAAGGGCAGGGAAAUAAUCGAGCGAGAAUUGAAAGAGGUCAUAACAUCCGGAACAAUAUACAAUUACAACCACAUCAAAACGGCACAUUCUGUUUAUUUGGCGGUUAUAAAAUACUGUGAGGAUGUGUCGGUGUCCAUUUUGCUCUACGAUGCGUGUAUCAACGAAAUCUGGAUCAAAACGUUUUAUGAGAAAGUUGAGGACAGUGUCAGAACGGUGCUAGCACAAUACAACAUUAAGGAGAUCAUCAGCGAGCGUAAAAUAGAGGGGAGAAAGACGGAACAUCCUAUCAAGGGAGGGUCUGCGAUCGAUUUCCAGCAAAAAUUUGAGGUUAUUGACGAAUACAUUUGCUUCCUCUACCUUGACAAUUACAUGCAAUUUUUGAGACGAGCAGACUUCAAGGAAAACGUUGUGAUCAAAAGAAUGGCAGAUAGGAAGGAUUACAUGGUUAUUGACAGCAUUUCUCUGAAAAACUUAAACAUCAUCGACGAAAAGGUUUCAUUAUUCAACGCCAUAAACCAUUGUUCGACGCCAUAUGGUCAGCGAUUGCUUAGACAAUGGUUGCUCUACCCUCUUGCCGAUGUAAGAAAGAUCGAAGAGAGACAGAGGAUAACAGGUGAAAUUGAGAAGCUGGAGAUUAGAGAUAUUAAAGGUGAAUUGUCCAGGAUUAGGGAUCUCGAUCGACUCACGGGAAAGCUGAAUAAUCGUAACUACACAUCAAAGGACCUUUAUAAUUUACAGGUGAACCUGCAGCUUGCCUGCUCGUUCUUCGACAGAUUCUUCGCUGACAUCGGCUUUUCGCCCGCUCUUUUGCAAAAAUUUAGUCAAUACAGCGACACUGUGUGCGAACUAAAAAAGAAGAUGGAAGAGUUUUCAGAGCAGUAUACCGUCACAGAAAGCGAGAUUAAAUCAUCAGAAAAACAGAAUGACGAGUAUUCUGUCUACACAAAAGAGAUAAAAAACAUCGAACUCAGGCUCAAGGAGUAUUUAGAAAAGCAGAAAGAAAGAUUAAACUGCAAACUGUUGUGUUACAAGGAUCUUGGCAAGGAAACUUUUCAAAUUGAGGUGCCAUCCACUAUUUCGGUGCCAACAAGCUAUUUCUUGGUAUCGAGCACGAAGACAACUAAGCGGUAUUACACGCAAGACUUGAAAGAUAUCAUAAAAGAGCAUGAGGAAUGUUCAGAAAAGAUAUUCCAGGCUAAAGGACUCAUCCUGGUAAAAGCAACACAACAAUUCUUAGAGUCGUAUCCAUUGUUUUACAAAAUAUCCGACAUGUUAUCUGAAAUUGACUGUUUUAUGAGUUUUGCCACCUUCUCUUUGGUACACACCAACUCAACACACACCGAAUUUACCGGAAAUCUUGCGUUCGAAAAUUUGCGUAACCCGAUUUUUCCAAAUUAUUUGGGCAAUGAUUUUAUAUUCGAUGACAGCAAAACGUUACUGCUGACUGGACCGAAUAUGGCGGGCAAAUCUACAUUUCUACGGACCGUUUGCCUGAAUGUUAUUCUAUCACAGAUGGGAAUGAAGGUUACCGCGGACAAAAUGGAAAGUCGGGUGUUCGACCGAAUAUUCACAAGACUGGGUGCUAGUGAUAAUCUUUUGCGCGGUGAAUCGACUUUCAUGGUGGAAAUGAAGGAAACAGGUGUUAUUCUGAACGAGUGCACGCAUGAUUCACUGAUAAUCAUUGAUGAACUGGGCAGAGGAACAUCAACCAAGGAUGGUGAGUCCAUUGCAAGGGCCGUUAUUGAAUACCUGAACAGAAAACAUAUUUAUUCGCUCUUCUCCACGCAUUACCAUCGGAUUGUCGACGAAGUUAAAAACGUAAGAAAGGGAUUUAUGGAUGUGAUUGUUGAUGAGGAUGAUAUCAUCUUUUUAUUUAAGUUACGUGAGGGUGUAUGCCACGAUUCGCAGGGAAUACCUGUUGCUAGACUUGCGGGUGUACCCAAGUCUAUCACGGACAGAGCGAUUGAAGUGAGGAAAAAAAUAUUGGCGGAGAAUUCAGGUGUUUGCAAGUAGAAAAUACGUGUUUUCAUUAGGAAUUCAUGUUCUUAGUAUGUGAAAG